CUCAACGCGUGUUUUUGUUUACCUCGCUCACUUCGAAACCGUUCGCAACUUUUACUGCGCGUUUCACAAAUUUCGCGAUUUUCCACCAGUUUUCCAUGUGUUUUCCAGCUGAAAACUCCACCGCAGAAUGAAAGUGAAAGUGAUCAGCCGCAACCCGGACAACUACGUCCGGGAAACGAAGAAAGACAUCCACAAAGUGUUCCGCAACUACGACACGGCGCUGCACCCGUUCGAGGGGGCCCGCGAGUACGUGCGGGCGCUGAAUGCCACCAAGCUGGAGCGGGUGUUUGCCAAGCCGUUCGUGGGCAAUCUGGACGGGCACAAGGAUGGCAUUUCGGCGCUGGGUAAACAUCCGAAGUCACUGUCACUGCUGCUGAGCGGAUCCUACGACGGGGAGGUCAAGCUGUGGGACGUUCCGAACCAGGAGUGCGUGCAGAGCGUCAUGUGCCACAGCGGAUACGUGCGGGGGAUUGUGUUUUCCAACGAUGGAUCUAGGUUCUUCACAAUCGGCGACGACAAGGCCAUCAAAAUGUGGGACUCUGGCAUAGUGGACAGUGAGGACGAUACGCAUGAACCGCUGAACACGAUCCUGGGCAAGACGGUGAUUACGUCGAUUUCGCACAACUACGAGGAACCGUUCUUCGCGACCUGUGGCGAGACGUGCAACAUCUGGGACGAGACCCGCAAUUCCCCGAUCAAAACUCUCCAGUGGGGUGUGGACACUUUGUACGACGUCAAGUACAAUCCGGUGGAGACUUCCAUACUGGCGGCUUGCUGCAGCGAUCGCGGAAUCAUUUUCUACGAUCAGCGGGAGGUGAAACCUCUGCGGAAGAUUGUCAUGACCUUGCGGCCCAAUCAGCUGGCGUGGAACCCCAUGCAGGCGUACUUCUUCACGGUGGCCAGCGAGGACUACAAUCUGUACACGUUCGAUACCCGACGGUUGAAGAAUCCGCUCAAGAUUCACGAUGGCCAUACGUCGGCCGUGACUUGCGUCGAUUACGCCCCGACGGGACGAGAGUUCGUGUCCGGAAGCUACGACAAGACCAUCCGGAUCUUCGAGUCACACAAGGCCAAAAGCCGGGAAGUUUACCACACCAAGCGGAUGCAGCACUUGACGUGCAUCGGGUGGUCGCUGGACAACAAGUACAUCUACUCCGGAUCGGACGAGAUGAACGUUCGGCUGUGGAAAGCCCGGGCGUCGGAGAAGCUGGGUGCCCUACAGCCACGUGAGAAGCAAGCCUUCAAGUACAACGAAGCGCUGAAGGAGAAGUUUGCCGCCCAUCCGCAGAUACGGCGCAUCGCCCAGCACCGGCACGUGCCGAAGGUGGUGUACAACGAGCGGCGCAAGCAGCAGGAGCAGAAGCAGAAGAUCAAGCGAAAGGAGGAGAAUGUACGGAAGAACUCCAAGAAGAACGUCCCGUACGUGCCGGAGACCAAGAAGAAGGUGCUGCGGGAGGAGCAGUAGAGGUUAUCGGGAUUUUUCUUAUGCUUUAUAAAUAAAUAAAUUAAAAUAAAAUUCGUGAUAAGAGUU